AUGGAUCCCAACAACAUUGUCAAGAUCGUCUUGACGCUCACUGAGCUCUCGAUGUCUGAGUCAUCGGACUCUUCAGAAAGUCCUUUCACCGAUGAGGAUGACACUUUGAAGAGGCUUGGUUGGGAGGAUAUCCAACUCAAAAAGCCCCGGUGGGCUCUCUUAUCGGAUACAUACGCGGCCGCGCUUUCUUCUCCCAAGGGACAUCUCGGGUCAGCUUCCAAAUCCUUCAAUUCACAGAAGCCUUAUGGUAGCGACCCCUUUCUUCUUCACACCGAGGGCGUAUCCGACGACGAGUUGAGGGAUCAAAUAUACGAAGCCAAGGAGAAAGGUUGCAUUGGAAUCAUCGUAGAGAUUGUCGAGAACCAAUACAACGGCCGCGUGUUGGACCCUCGCCUAUUCCACCGCCUUGGCAAUCUGUGUGCAGAGGAGCAGAUCCUGCUUGCUGUGGACGAGACUCUCACCGCUAUUAGAUGCGGCGCGCCAUUCUCAUUCCAAAGGGAGGAGUACUUCGAAGUUGCGAGCCCCGACAUUGUUUUCUUUGGUAAGGCCAUGGCGGCUCACGGCACGGCUCUUGGGUUUGACGGCCAGUUACUGAAACGAUUCGGCAUCCUCGGGAGCUCUCGUGGACGAGCGAUCAGAAAAUGGCAAAGUCAGUUCCAAAAACCAUUGUCGACAUCGGAUUUGAUUCAAGCUUUGGCUACACUCGAGAUCGCUGCGAAGGGAAACUUUGCCAUGUCAAGCCGAAUCAUCGGACAGACCAUCCGCGCGUACAUCCUCGAACAAGCGGCGAAACGAGGCCACCAGGUCAAGCCUCAUGAUAUUCUUGGCGGUCUUGAAAGUUUGAUAUUCGUGAGGAAAGAUAUUGCUGGCGAGCUUCUGGUCAUGGGUGCUAGGACGUCCGGGUCGUGGAUCCCGUGGGUGAAAUGGCUCCCCCGGCUGGAGUCGGACAUGUCCAGGGUUGAAGUGCUGGAAGACGUUAUCGGCAGCUCAAGCCGGCAAGCUCGUGAAGAUCUCUCAAAGAUACUUGUCAGCAAAAAUUCAAAGCCGAGUUGGUGCUUCUGGUGUGGAAACCAGACCACGACUAAGAAGGAUGACUGGUGUCAGAGGUGUUGCAUCGGCGUUUGCGCUGAUGACGUUUGUGGUCGGCACUACAUCCGCCACGAGCAUACUUGA